GAUAUAGUAAUCGAAAAGGCAGGGGUUUUGCAUCCUUUGUGUGGAUGAUUGGUCUAAUGAAGGGAAAUGGAGGCAGUUUUUGUAUGAUUGGAGAAUUCGGUAUUUUCGAUCAAUAGUGUUUACAUGAUUGCUCGGUUAGGCUUCCUUGUUGCUGCUUCUAUUGCAGCUUAUGCAGUUAAGCAGAUUAAUGUCAAAAGUCCGAACCCCGUCGAUUCCGAUUCUCUAACCAAGAAGCCGCCAUCAGAAAACGAUGAAGUGCCGGUCGACAAGUCUUGGGAUGAAGAGGAAGACGAGGAGCAGGUUACGUAUUCGGAUAAUGUCCUCAAAGAGAUGCUUGCCGAAGAAGAAGAGGAAGAAGAAGAAGAAGAAUUAAAAGAAGAACAAGAACAAGAACAAGAAGAGGUUGAAAAAGAAGAAGUAAAAUUAAUAAACAGCGUAAUAAAUCCGACUGUAAUGAGCAGCACCCAAUCCGACAUCGAAGAUGAUGACGAUGAUCUCUUCCCGGAAUUCGAAAGCCUUCUCUCGGGAGAAAUCGAUUUCCCGAUCCCCACAGACAAAUACGACACCUCGGCAAAUUCCAAAUCCGAAAAGGACAAGCUAUACGAGAACGAGAUGGCGAUCAACGCAACCGAACUCGAACGGCUCCGGAAUCUAGUGAGAGAAUUGGAGGAGAGAGAAGUGAAGCUCGAGGGGGAGCUGCUAGAAUACUACGGACUGAAGGAGCAGGAAUCGAGCAUAUCCGAGCUGCAGAAGCAGCUCAAGAUCAAAACAGUCGAAAUCGACAUGCUCAACAUCACAAUUAGUUCGUUGCAGGCCGAGCGGAAAAAGCUCCAAGAGGAGGUCUCCCAUGGAGUUGCCGCCAGAAAAGAGCUCGAGAUUGCGAAGAAGAAGAUGAAAGAUCUUCAGAAGCAGAUUCAGCUCGAGGCGAACCAGACGAAAGGCCAACUUUUGCUGCUCAAGCAAACAGUCAGCGGGCUCCAAUCGAAGGAGCAGGAAGCUGUUACGAAAGAUGCUGACGUGGAGAAGAAGCUCAAAGCUGUGAAGGAAUUGGAAGUUGAGGUGAUGGAGCUCAAACGAAAGAACAAAGAACUCCAUUACGAGAAACGGGAACUUGUUGUUAAACUCGAUGCCGCUGAAGCCAAUGUGAAAGCCCUUUCUAACAUGACGGAGACAGAAAUGGUGGCGAAGGUGAGAGAAGAAGUCAACGAAAUGAGGCACGCGAACGAGGACCUGGUCAAACAAGUCGAAGGGCUACAGAUGAACAGGUUCAGCGAGGUCGAAGAGCUCGUGUACCUCCGUUGGGUGAAUGCUUGCCUGAGAUUCGAGCUUCGAAAUUAUCAAACACCGUCGGGCAAAAUAUCGGCCCGAGAUCUCAAUAAAAGCUUAAGUCCAAGAAGUCAAGAAAGGGCCAAACAGCUCAUGUUGGAGUUCGCAGGGUCCGAACGUGGAGGAGGUGGCGACACAGAUAUGGAGAGCAACUUCGAUAAUACGUCAGUCGACAGUGAAGAUUUCGAUAAUGUUUCGAUCGACAGUUCGACUAGCAGAUUCAGUACCUUAAGCAAGAAGCCGAGUUUGAUCCAAAAGCUGAAGAGAUGGGGCGGUAAAAGUAGAGAUGAUUCGAGUGCCUUUUCUUCUCCGGCGAGAUCUUUCGCCGGAGGAUCGCCUAGCCGGAGCAGCGUAAGCCAGAAACCGAGGGGCCCGCUCGAGGCACUCAUGAUAAGAAACGCGGGAGAUGGUGUGGCGAUCACUUCGUUCGGUACUGCUGAGAUGGACGAGUCUAAUAACAACUCGCCGGUUACUCCGAAACUGCCUACUCCCGAUUCGUUGAAUUCGGUUGCUUCGUCUUUUCACUUGAUGUCGAAAUCGGUCGAGGGUGUUCUUGAGGAAAAAUACCCCGCGUAUAAGGACCGCCAUAAGAUCGCUACGGAGAGAGAGAAGCAGAUUAAGGAGAGGGCUCAACAGGCGAGAGCGGUUAGGUUCGACGCUAAACCUGCGUUUCUGCCGCCGAAACUCGCUCUUAUUAAAGAGAAGCCUCUUAUCGUCUCUGCCUCUGCCGGUGGAGAGUCAACCGAACAACAGUUGACCGAAAGCAGAGCUGACUCUCCGGUAGUUAGCAAAAUGCAGCUCGCGCAGAUGGAGAAACGGGGUCCGCGGGUCCCACGGCCGCCUCCUAAAUCGUCAGGAGAUUCUCCGGCAGGUGCGAACUCGAAUGCUACAAUACGAGCUCCGGGAGGUCCUCCACCACCGCCUCCGCCGCCGGGUGCACCGCCGCCGCCUCCGCCGCCAGGCGGCGGACCGCCACGGCCGCCGCCUCCGCCGGGAAGCGGCGGCAGAGGGGGUGGCGGCGACAAAGUCCACCGGGCGCCGGAGCUGGUUGAAUUCUACCAGUCGUUGAUGAAAAGGGAGGCGAAGAAGGAUACUAGUAUGGCUUUGGUUACUACGUCGUCUUCGAACACUUCAGAUGCUAGGAGCAACAUGAUUGGAGAGAUUGCGAAUAAAUCUUCGUUCAUGUUAGCUGUUAAAGCUGACGUGGAGACUCAAGGUGAAUUUGUCCAGUCAUUGGCAACUGAAGUACGGGCGUGCUCGUUUACUAAAGUUGAGGACUUGGUCGCAUUCGUGAACUGGCUCGACGAGGAACUCUCCUUCUUGGUCGACGAACGCGCUGUUUUGAAGCAUUUUGAUUGGCCGGAGGGAAAAGCAGAUGCAUUACGAGAAGCAGCUUUCGAAUAUCAGGACUUGAUGAAAUUGGAGAAGACAGUUUCGACUUUCACCGACGACCUUAAUCUUCCUUGUGAGCCUGCUCUCAAGAAAAUGUAUAAGUUGCUCGAAAAGGUGGAGCAGAGUGUAUACGCAUUGCUAAGAACACGAGACAUGGCGGUUUCCCGGUACAAGGAUUUCGGCAUCCCUGUCGAUUGGCUAAGUGAUUCCGGAGUAGUUGGCAAGAUCAAGCUUUCAUCGGUACAGCUGGCACGGACAUACAUGAAGCGUGUGGCGACGGAGCUUGACGCGAUGGAUGAACCUGAAAAGGAACCAAACAAAGAAUUUUUGCUCUUACAAGGUGUUCGCUUUGCUUUCCGAGUGCAUCAGUUUGCGGGAGGAUUCGAUGCGGAAAGCAUGAAGGCCUUUGAAGAGCUAAGAAGCAGAGCUAGUUCUCAAAACAAAGAAGAGAAAUAAACCUGGAGAUUGAGUUUUUUUUUUUUUUUUUAUUUUAUUUUACUUUUAUUUUAUUUUUUUAAUGUUACAUGUCCAGUUUGUAGUUGUACAUUUUCAUCAUCAUCUGAGAAGAGAAGGUAUACUUGUAAUGGAGUUUAUAGGAUCAAAAAAUCUGUUGUACACAACGACUCGUAAACGCUUACAGGUAUAAUAUAAUCGAUAAUAUUUUCAA